GUCAGUGUAUGCUAGAGAAUGAUAAGGAGAGCAUUUGGACUUGAAGGACUGCAGACAUCCACGGGCAGAGUGUAGUCGGUGAGAAACUGCAAGUGCAUACACUGGGUGACUGUAGGAGGAUAGCUACAGGGAUAGCUUAGAAGUGAAAGCCAGGAGGCUAACCAUUUGCUGCCUUUUACUGGCCUCACAAAUGCAUUCAGCCAAGUUCGACUAGUUACAUAUUUCACUGUCCCGAUCCCCUGCGAUACACAGACUGCUACAGCUGCCACCCCCAUGUACGGGUCCCGAGAAUGAUAGAGAAUGAGUCAGAGAGAUACCCUGGUUCAUCUGUUUGCUGGAGGGUGUGGGGGCACAGUGGGUGCCAUUCUGACAUGCCCGCUGGAGGUGGUGAAGACCAGGCUGCAGUCCUCCUCUGUCACCCUCUACAUCCCUCAGGUGCAGCUCAACACCGUCAACGGACCCAGCGUUGCACGAGUGUCCCCAGGACCCAUACACUGCCUCAAGUUAAUACUGGAAAAAGAAGGAGUGCGUUCUUUGUUCAGAGGUUUAGGGCCUAACUUGGUGGGUGUGGCUCCAUCCAGAGCAAUAUAUUUUGCUGCCUACUCCAGCACUAAAGAGAGGCUGAAUGGCGUAUUGGAACCCGACUCCAAGCUGGUGCACAUGGCCUCAGCAGGUUUAGCAGGUUUCACCGCCAUCACCGCAACCAAUCCCAUCUGGCUAAUCAAGACACGCUUACAGCUGGAUGCCAGGAACCGGGGGGAGCGGCGGAUGAGUGCCUUCGAAUGCGUCCGACGGGUCUACCGGUCAGACGGUCUGCGUGGCUUCUACAGGGGCAUGUCGGCCUCUUACGCCGGCAUCUCGGAGACUGUCAUCCACUUUGUCAUUUAUGAGAGCCUCAAACGCAGGCUGAUGGAGGCCAAGGCCGCCUCCAGCGUGGAUGACGAGGACGAGGACGACGAGCCGGUGAAAGACGCCUCGGACUUUGUGGGGCUGAUGCUGGCCGCUGCCACGUCGAAGACCUGUGCCACUUCCCUUGCCUACCCCCACGAAGUAGUUCGCACCAGGUUACGAGAGGAAGGCACCAAGUACCGUUCAUUCUUCCAGACGUUGUCUGUGGUUAUCAAGGAGGAGGGCUAUCGAGCCCUGUACCGUGGGCUGACCACUCAUCUGGUGCGGCAGAUCCCCAACACGGCAAUCAUGAUGUCCACGUACGAGCUGGUGGUUUACCUGCUGAACGGGUAACCACGCCUCGCCCAGAGAGAGGGGGGCAGCAUGGGACGGCCCGCUGAAGACCAAAGGAGACUGAGGGGAUCGAGGAGACUUUCUCAGACGUCCAGAUUUUCUACGAAGGGGGGGAAGGAAGUGUUUUCAGCAUGAAAUGGCAGAGAGUGAGAGGGAAGGUUUUUAAGAGAAAAGGGGAGGGGUCAGGUUGGUUUAGUCCCAUAACUUCAGGCCUUAGCAAACAAAAUACAAGAAAUGAGAAGAUUAAAAACAGCAAACUGGCAUAAACCUUUCCGGUCUCCCUGUUUCCCCCACUUUGUCGCCCUUUCCUAAAUAAAGCUGCUUUAGAAGAAGACUGAUUAAAGAUGGAUAAUCAGAGGGGAGAAUGCCCAAGUAUAAUGAAAAUGUGAUUCAGUAAAACACUGAUAAUUAAAAUCACACUUACUAAGUGUAUAUAAAGGUGAUGCUUGAAUAACACAGAUGUUCCUGCCUCUGAUGGCAAGCCUUUUUAAAUAGCCAUUCGUAAGGGUUUUUGUUAGGGUUUUUUUUUUUUUUUUUUGGUGAUGUUUUCAUCAACUUUAAAGUUGUGUUCCCCCUCACCUGCAGGAUGAAGGUGGGGGGAUAGGGUCAGGGCAUACUUGUUCAUAAUGGCAUUCAGCAGACUGGAAGGCAGCAACUUUCCUUGUCUGUAAAGAGCUAAGAACGUACUAGUACUUGAAACAAUCUGUCAUUGAAACCUGAGAAGUACAGUAUUAAGAUUCAUUUGUUCAUUUCUCUCUACUGUAUUUUCAUUCCCUUUGAAAUGUUAAAAUGUUGGCAGUGUUAGAUACAAUUAGAUUUAUAGUUAGAUUACAUUUAGAUACAGAUAGAUUGAUUUCAUAUACUGUUCCCUCCAUGUUUAUUCACACGCCUGGCUAAAGAGGACCAAAUACGUUAUGAAAGGAAAAAAAAUAAAUAUUGAAUAAUAUUUUUCAGCUUAAAAUUUUAACAUUUUUAAUGUUAUUACCAUUGUACGGAGCACAUUCAGAUCCAGAAAAACCUGAUGGUAAAGAUGAACUCA